GGUACGCAGUAAAAUCCCCCACAGUACUAAAAUAUUUGAUACGGUAUCGGUACGAGGUAAAUAGUCUCUGCAUUACCAUGCUCAGCCCUAUGCAAUGGGCAAUAUGGCGACUCGUUGAGUUUUCCUCCUCCCACCUGAGUGAGUUCUGAAUUCUCUUAAACCCCAUCAUGGCUGCAAAUUUCUGGACCUCAUCUCACUACAAGAAUCUUCUGGAUCCUGAAGAGGUGGAUGUUGCUCAUCAGAUUGAGAAGGAAAGAGGCAUCACCCUUGAGGAUCGCAAGCUCAUCAAGCUCCAUAUGUCUAAUUACAUGACAAGACUAGCUCAAAAUGUAAAAGUAAGACAAAGGGUUGUAGCUACUGCCAUUUCGUAUAUGAGACGUGUUUACGUCAGAAAGAGUAUGAUUGAGUAUGAUCCUCGCCUGGUUGCUCCGGCCUGCUUAUACUUGGCAUCAAAAGCUGAAGAGAGCACAAUGCAGGCUAGGCAUCUUGUGUUUUACAUCAAGAAAUUAUAUUCCGAUGAGAAGUAUAGAUAUGAAGUAAAGGACAUCCUUGAAAUGGAAAUGAAGCUUUUGGAAGCUCUCAACUAUUACCUUGUUGUAUUCCAUCCAUACCGGUCUCUAACACCGUUGCUUCAAGAUGCUGGCAUGAGCGACUCAACUCAACUGAUAUGGGGAAUUGUGAACGAUACAUAUAAGAUGGAUCUGAUUCUUAUACACCCACCACACUUGAUAGCACUAGCAUGCAUUUACAUAGGGAGUGCAUUGAAGGACAAGGAGACCACUCCCUGGUUUGAAGAGCUUCAAGCUGACAUGAACAUGGUGAAAAACAUUGCAAUGGAAAUAUUAGAUUUUUAUGAUUGCCACAAGAUGAUCACAGAUGAAAGGGUGAAUGCGGCAAUGAGCAAGCUUAUUGGCAGAUGACAUGCGCGGUGACACCUGCAAAUCACUGCUGGUAUUGCACCUAGCAUGACUCUGAAUAACAUUCCGUACUUGAAGAUUAAUGAGACAUUAUUGCUUACAAAUAUCUACGAAGAUACACGCCACAAAUGCAGUUCUGUAUGAGAAUCUUGGAAAACUUAUUAUUAAGGAAAGAAUAACAAUUACUGUGGUUUGGUGUGGCAACCACACCAAACCGAGCCUAACACGAGGAUGUUGGAUAUAUUGUAUAAUGAUUGAAAGUUCAAAACGCUAAAGGAUGAAUAACAAUUACUGUGGUGUGGUUUACCCCUUUGGUUCUCAGAUGCCUUCUUCUAGAGCAAGAACAUGAAUCAUCAACCAUGGAAUCCCUUCCCCUUUAGAUGGAUAUGAUCUGGAAUUGUGGAAGUUGGGUAGUAGUUUGGGUCUUAGCUCAUAGUUUUU